UGACCAAUAGGAGACGCCGUUGACUUUUUAAACGCCACCACGUUCCCACGAUCAGUUUAUUUGUGCCAGGAAUAGAUUAGUUUCACCAAUUUUUGGCUCGCGUUGGCAUGUAUUCGUCAAAGUAACAUGGCGAAAGGGAAAAAACGAGCUGAAACGACUGAGAAAAUAACCGAGAACUCUACCGUAGUCACUUCCGAAGAGGCCAAAGAAAACCGGCCUGUGACUAGCGAAGAGGAUUGCAACAGAAAAGCUAUUGCGAACGCCGUUCCAAAGCAAGCAACCCGGACCUUGAGCGACAUGCUCCUUCAGGAGGGAAAGGAUCUGCCUCGGCAAAAGGAAGCAGCUGGGAGUGCAAAUGUGCCCAAACCCUCAACUAGGAAUCGUCGCAAAGGGAAAAAGGCAGAGGAGAACGCUUCCCAAAAUAAGAAGCUGACAGACUUCUACCCAAUCAGGAAAAGUAACAGGAAAACUACAGGAGAGUUGAAGAAUGAGGAGCACAAACACUUGGACGAGCUGAUAAAGAAUGGUGUGGAAGAAGGACUACAGGUGCGGACGACGGACGGCAAAGGACGCGGCGUCUUUGCCCGGCAGGCCUUCCGCAAGGGCGACUUUUUGGUGGAGUACCAUGGUGAGCUGCUGGAGCCAGCCCAAGCCAAGCGGCGGGAGGCCGGUUAUGCCCGCGACCCUGCCACAGGUUGCUACAUGUACUACUUCCGCUACCGAGGAAAGGCCUAUUGCGUGGACGCCACGGAGGAGACAGGACGGCUGGGUCGGUUGAUCAACCACAGCAAGGCGGGCAACUGCCAGACCAGGCUGCAUGCUGUGGACGGACGGCCUCACCUCAUCUUGGUGGCGUCCAGGGACAUCGCGGCGGACGAGGAGCUGCUCUACGACUAUGGUGACCGCAGCAAGGAGGCAAUCUUGGCUCACCCCUGGCUCAAACAGUGAUCCCCCCCCCCCAAAAAAAGACAUUGGACUUUUGACUUUUUUUAAUCACUCUUUUUAAGCUACUUUUGUGAUAUAAAUGAGGUUUUAUAUGACAACAAAUGUUAAAAGAAAGUGCUCAUAUCCUAGUUUACAAACAAAGCAGUAAAAACAAAUGGAUACUUCAUUAGUUACGUGAUGGAAUCGUAUCAAGCAGUCUUUCCUGGUCAUACAAGGCACUUGUGUAGGAAAGCAGAAAAUGGAAUUUUAUCUUGCUGAAAUGAUCCUUAUGUAGCCUAAAUUAUUUUGUAAACAUUUUUUUCAUUGAACAGUGGUUUUAGACACAAUAAACAUAUCAUGGAAUUUUUAUGAAAGGACUUUUUUUUUUUU